AUGAGCACCAACAGACCCUUCCUUGCCAACUUCCUAGCGGCUUUCCGCGCCCAGUCCACCCUCAAAACCGCCACACAACAAUCCACACCCUCCACCUCUCUCUCCACCGCGCAAAUCUCCACAAGCGCCCGCACAAUAGCCUCCAAACCAGCCCACCAACAUCAACACUCAUCCUCCUCUUCGUCAUCACAACAGCCCUCCUCGUCACCCUCCACCUCCGCCAACAACACCACUCCAACAGCAAACGCUCCAUCUACAUCCACCGCAGCACCCCAAUACCACUCCCACCACUACCACCACUCAGAACCUCCCUCCCAACCACCAACCCCCUCGACAACAUCCACCCCCAUCCCGAUCUCCCGCGGCCCGGCAGACCGCCAGCGUCGCGGGAGUGACUCUUCGUCUGGCUCGGGCGGGUUCCGCGAUGCGCUGGGCCCGGAGAAAUGGUAUAUCGGGGGGCGGACGCCGGCGGGUGAGGAGCGGUUUUAUCGGUUGGGAAUGGUUACGAAGGGGGGUGGGAGGUUAGGGGGUGGUGGGAGGGUGGGGAGUAUUGAUCAGUUGAGUUUGUGA